AUGAAUGAAAUUACAAAUAUUACAGAUCUACAUCCCAACAAUGAUAAUCCAUGUCCAAAUUUAAGACAAAUUUUACGUCCUGUAUUAUAUAUUCAUAAUUAUUCAAUAUUUCUAUUUGGUUCAAUAUCUAAUUUCCUUGCAUUUGGUGUUUUAAUGCAAAAAUCAUUACGUCGUCAUUCAACAUUUGCCUAUUUAGCACUUUUAUCACUUUCUAAUGCUCUGUUAUCAAUUGUACGAUUUAGUCAAUAUAUGUUUGCAUUCUAUUGGAAAUUAACCGCUGAAACAGGACCAUUAUUUUUUUGUCGAUUUUAUCGUUUUGGAUUAGAUACGUUAACACAUUUUAGUUUAUUUACCCUAAUAGCCGUGAAUAUUGAUCGUGCACGAACAGUAACAAUAACGAAACGAAAUGCAAAAUAUAAGAAAUCAGAAUUUAAAACAGUUCUACUGAAAGAAUUGAUUUUAGUCAGUGCACUAUGUUUGAUCCAUUUACAUUGGCUACUCAAGUUUGGACAUGUACCGGGUUUAAAUGGUAAACGUACACUAUGUAGUUAUGAAGAGAACCGUACAUCAGUAUUUUAUUUAUAUUUUUUACGCUCAUUUUAUCCACCAUUUGAAUUAGCUGUCUUUUUUUGUAUUCCAUUAUUUAUUAAUAUCUUCUGUACAAUCAUCAUUGUACGAAGUUUACGUUUGCGUAUGCAAACAGCAAAACGUUACAACUCCAAAUCGUCAACUGUCGUUUCAAAUAGACCAAAAUUAUCUUUGACAUCAUCAUCGACUAUUCAUCGUUGUUUCUGUUGUUUAUGGCAAUGUCGAAAACAAAAUCAAAUUCGUUUAAAAUUUGGUCGAACAAAACAAAAUGGUCUAAUGAGAUUUGAAUUAGAAGCCGACCAGUUGAAUCAUGAUCAGACAAUUGAAAUAGCACCAAUACCAUCAAAAACAAAAAAAAUAGAAACAAAACAAAUGAAAUAUCGUCGAACAAGAGAUUUACAUUUAAGUGCAAUGUUAAUCGCGUUAAACAUUUUGUUUCUAUUUAUGAAUUUACCCUAUAAUAUUUAUGUAACAUUUAUUGUACAACGUUUGCAAGAUAUUUGUUUACGAAAUUUUAUUCAGCAAUUACUCGAUAUUCUUCAAAUAACGUUUUUUUCUUCGAAUUUUUUCCUAUACGUCUUGACAAAUAGACGAUUUCGUGAAGAAUUUUAUAAUGCCGUAAUGAAAUUAUUAUCGAAAGCUUUAGCUCGAAAACGAAAUAGAAAUAUUCAGAUGACAAAUACAACAGGCAGUACUGCUACUACCAACAGGAUAGAAAUAGAAAAUGGUGGAACAAUAACACAAAACCAUGAUAGUACAGGAUCACAAGAUAAUGAGAAUGAAAAUAUAUUUAUCUCUAAAUUAGUUAUGUACAAAAACACAUAUGAAAAUGUGGUGCGAACCUAUGAUGUUGGAUUAUGA